CGGAGGCCAAUGGCUGGCAGCUUUACGGUUGCUAGGGAACCGUUGGCGGCAAGAUGGCGGAGACCGGAGAUCGGUCUGUUGGGCUCCAGCAGGGCCGGCACUCGGUGAGACUGCCGCCACGAAACGGCUAUGGCGUAUAUGUGCACUCAAAUUCUUUCUUCCGCUACGAAGGAGAAUGGAAAGGAGGGAAGAAACAUGGUCAUGGGAAGCUAUUGUUUAAAGAUGGAAGUUAUUAUGAAGGCGAAUUUAUGGAUGGAGAAAUCACUGGGGAAGGCUGCCAGCACUGGGCCUGGUCAGGAAACACCUACUCCGGACAGUUUGUUUUAGGAGAGCCUCAAGGACAUGGCAUCAUGAAGUACAAAGCAGGAGGUCACUAUGAAGGGGAGCUCUCCCACGGCCUGAGGGAAGGGCAGGGGUUUCUGGAGGACCAGGAUGGGCAGGUGUACCAAGGCUCCUUCCAUGACAACAAGAGACAUGGCCGUGGACAGAUGGUCUUUAAGAACGGUGACAAGUACGAAGGCGACUGGGUUCGAGACCAGCGUCAGGGACAUGGGGUGCUGUGCUGUGCUGAUGGUUCCACAUACGAGGGCCAGUGGCACAGCGACGUCUUCAGUGGCCUUGGCACCCUGGCCCACUGCUCUGGCGUCACCUACUGUGGAAUGUUUAUCAACGGCCACCCAGCAGCACAGGCUAAGAAAAUUGUGAUCCUGGGUCCAGAGGUACUGGAAGUGGUCAAAGGAUCUUCCUUCACACUGAAUGUACAGCUACAGCAAGAUGAUGGGGAAGUUGCCAAGAGUGAGAGUGGCCGGAUCUUGAAGAUCUCAGCAGGAGUCAGAUACGUGCAACUCCCAGCAUUCUCAGAGGUCAGCUUCUUCAAGGUGGAUGAAGAACACAUGGAGACACUCAUACAGACACCAUUUGGGUUCCAGUGCAUUUCCUAUCCUCUGUCCACCCCUGUGUCCUGGGGACUGGAGCCCAGGUCUACUGUGAAGAAUACCAGAGCUGACCUUCUCUCCAGGGGAGACUCAGAGCCAGUGCUAGACUCGGGAGCCUUCCACGGCCAGGAAAACACCCCCAGCGAUCGGCCAGUCAGGAGACUUGAGCCCUGCUGUCCCGCAGCCUGUCAGCGAGUGGAGCACGGUUGUGCUGAAUUUGUGGACGUCCUCCUCGGACCCCCUCCGCCUGGGAUGCAGCCCUUUCUGUUCCUGUCCGACAAGGUUGAGAAGGCUGGCAACCAGCCCCAAGGUGGCCAGAGUCCCCUGGAGGUGCUACCCACUGCCCAGGAACCUCUAAAAGGCACCAGGCCUGAUGGGACCACAGCAGAGUCGGCAACAGCUGCGUACCUAGGGGAGUAUGUGCUCAUGAUCUGUGACGUGACCACCCCUCCGUUCCUGGGCCACAGGCUGCCCACUGCCUUCAAACACCUGCGACUCCUGGCCCAGGGGGAUGGCCAGUGGCCCCAUGUCCCUGAAGAUGACCCAGAAGCUCUAAGCUAGAGGCCACUCCUGGCCCUUGGAUCCAGGGGCCCAGGAAUUGGGGCUGGCCCACGUGAGCCCCACAGCUACUGAUUUCAAUAAAACUCUGAAUACCAACUCUGAGUAGCACC